GCGCCAAACGGGAAGGUUCGAAGCUAGGGGUGUGGGAGUGGGGCUACUGUCAAGAUCUCCCCUCUGAUUGGCUUUCUGGGAACCUACCGCUGCACGCGGGAAAGAAGUCUCAGCUUCUCGCAUGCGCAGUUAGUAGGAAUGCGCCUCCGGCAGGUGAGGGACUCCGCUGCGAGCGUACUGCGCGUGCGCACUUGCGCGCUCCCAGGUCUGCGGUGCUUCUAGUUCACCCUGAACGUUUUCGGAGGGAGGUCCGUGCCAAGACCAGGUCCUGAAUAAGCCCAGCCACAUCCUUUAUGAGCAUCUCAGGUUUAUUCCGAUUUCCUGCACCACUGACCAGACUAUGCAGAGUGCCUCGGGGACUUGGGCUUUGGGAGAAGCUGACGCUGCUAUCCCCAGGAAUAGCUGCCACGGUUGUCCAGAUGGCAGGCAAGAAGGACUGUCCUGCUCUGCUUCCCCUGGAUGAGAAUGAACUUGAAGAGCAGUUUGUGAAAGGACACGGUCCAGGGGGCCAAGCCACCAACAAAACCAGCAACUGUGUGGUGCUGAAGCAUAUCCCCUCUGGCAUCGUCGUCAAGUGCCAUCAGACAAGAUCUGUUGAUCACAACAGAAAGCUCGCUCGGAAAAUCCUACAAGAGAAAGUGGAUGUUUUCUACAAUGGUGAAAAUAGUCCUGUUUACAAAGAAAAACAGGAGGCAGCAAAGAAAAAGCAAGACAGGAAAAAAAGAGCAAAGGAAACUCUAGAAAAAAAGAAACUAUUGAAACAAUUAUGGGAAUUAAGUAAAAAUUCUACUGAGAAAGUAAUCACUGAUUCCAGCUGACUUCGCCAAAAGGCUUCCAGGGAAAGAUGAUGGCGACUCCUGUCACCAGCACUGGUACAAAGCUUUUAAAGAAAUAACUGACAGAUUUAAAAGACAUCAGUUUUUAAGUGGUGGACUAAACUAUAGUGAAUAUUGAUGCACACUUUGGAAAUAAAACUAUAAAACACAAGAAAGUUGUCACUAUAAAAGGGUACUGGCUACUUUUGGGGGGAGGCACUUGAUGUGACUUCCAGGAUGGCUAGAGGAGUUGUUUCUUGACCUGGGCAACAGUUGGAAGUUACCUGCUCAUGGGUCUGCGUGUGGUAGGUGGUGCGCUGGGGAUUGAACUUAGAGCAUCACACAUACUAGAUGGGUACCCUUCCAAUAUUAUAACCUCAGCCCUUUUUUUUUCCCCAAAGAAAGGGUCUUUGGGGCUGCUGCAGAGCUCAGAGGUAGAGCACUCGCCUAUAAUGCAUAAGGCCCCAUGUUCAAUCCUCAGAACCACAAAAAAAAAAAAAGAAAGAAAAGGAAAGGCAGGCUGGCCCCAAACUCUUGAAUCAAGUGAUCCUCCUGCCUCAGCCUCCAGAGCAGUGGGGACUAAAGUGUUCCCCUCACACCUGGCUUAUUCUUUACCUUACUUGAAGCUAUUCAUUGAUUUAUGUGAUUGAGUUUUCUUUUUUCUUUUAGUUGUAGAUGGACACAGUACCUUUAUUUAUUUUUAUGUUGUGCUGAGAAUUUGAACCCUGUGCCUCAUACAUGAGAGGCAAGCGCUCUGCCACUGAGCCACAAUCCUAGUCCUGAUUGUCUAUUGCAUAAAACCUUUAGAAAUUUGCUGGGUGCGGUAGUGCAUGCCUGUAAUCCCAGUGGCUUGGGAGGCUGAGACAGGAAGAUUACGCAUUCAAAGCCAGCCUCAGGAACUCAGCAAGAUCCUGUCUCUAAAUAUUUUUUUUUAUAUAGGGAUAGGGAUAGGGAUAGGGUCUGGAGUUGUAACUCAGUGGUAGAGUGCUUGCCUAGCAUGCAUGAGGCACUGGGUUCGAUCCUCAGCACCACAUAAAUGUAAAAUAUAUUGUGUCCACCUAAAACUAAAUUUUAAAGGGGGGGGGGGGGGUUGGGGAUGUGGUUCAGUGGUUAAGCACUGAACAAAAUCCCUGAACAAAAAAAGAUGUCAUUUAUCCUAAGGUUGGUUUGAGAGUAAGAGAAAGUGAUGAUGAAAGUUAAAAAAAGAUACUCAAGUUACUUGCCCAUUUACUAAGACACACUGUAUGUUGCCAAGUAAUGUCUCUUGAUGUAGAAAAACAUGUCAUUCUGUGUUGACAUGCAAGCAGAUGUGUUAGGAAUAAGGUUCCAAAACCUGAUGUGUUUGUGAGUUUGCAUCACUCUGGACUUGACCUUAUAUGUUUGGUUUUGUCACUGUUCUCUGGGUUUUUUAUAUCCAUGGUUAACAGCUUGCAGGUAGGGAAAAUACUGAGGUGAGGGGGCCACCAUCAGACUGCCAGAAAUCCGGCCUACAUCACCUGCCGUGAAGCUGAUCCAUCCAGCAGCCCAGCCCUUUUGACAUCCGAGCAGGGCUCUCCAUGCCUCCCACUGGUGCAUCAGGGACCCUACCCACCAGCUCCCCUGAGCAAUAGUCUCUUCAGUGAGAGCCAAGAAACCAGUAAGAUUGGAAGGCAGACUUAGAGCCACAGCCAGGAAGCUGACCUCUCCUCUUCACCCUUGUCACAUGCUUGGAGAAGGUGCAGAGGAGCCACCCCACCACAGCCCACACCCACCAGUCAGAUCUUGCCUCCCACCUGCAAAACUCCCUCCCUUUUCCUGGGUCUACCCUCAGCAAGGCAAACCCUCACCACAGGGGUCAGUGCUGAGGUUGCACAGCAGAAAUGAACUGAGCCCCUGUGGGAAGCACUGCUGGAAAGCACCACAUGGAGUCACUCCUCUCAGCUCCAGAGCAGACCCUUCCUCCAGCGCGCACCCAAGUCGCCACCACGUGGAAUGAGAAAUAGCCUCUGGGGCUCCUAACACCCUGGCAGAAAGGGCAGUUCACGGCUGCCGCAGGUUUCCUAGCACACACUUAACUACAUCUUAAAUAAACCCAUCGUGCAACUCUGCGUCAUCCCUACCUAUGCUAAAGCAAACACGUCCUUUCUCCACCCAGCUGAACUUUGUCAGAAAAUGUCCUUUGACAGGUCAUCUCCAAUCUUUCACAAAGGCUGAACUGCUUUAAUUGCACUUAGAAAUUCAAGGAAUAUACAUCUCAAUACACAUUGUUAAUGAAAAUAAGCUUUAUUACAUCAAGUAAUAAAUACAUACAAAGAUGCAAA